CGCACACCACCCAUCUCUUUCUCGCUGACUCGCUCCCGUUGAGCACUAUCCUGGGUUUGGUUGUCCGGGUAACGCACUCCCGAUGUGCUGAAGUCGGGAUUGGCGGCUCAUGGUGGCGCGCUUCACACCGGCGGAAUGCUGCAGGAAGCAGGUCAACAUGAAGUGAAACUUCAGGGGAUUGCCCUUCAGCAAAGAGUACAGCAACUGUUUUUGCUUGUGCUGUCUAUGAACAAAGCAGUCUUGGCAUCAUGUUCUGAAGGUGCCUGCCUUUCUUCUGCAAGGUGUAUGCUUUAACACCCAAUCUCUAGGUUCAUGACUGAAGAAGACACUCCAUUUAUAAUGGAGGAUUAUACCACCAGGACCUAUGGGACAGGUGGCCCGGACAACAGACCUUUGUUUGGGGAGACUUCAGCAAGGGAUAGAAUCAUUCAUUUGAUUGUUGGUGGAUUAACAUCCCUCUUUGUUCUGGUAACAUUUAUCAGCGCUUUUGUCUUUCCUCAACCACCUCCGAAGCCUGUGAAUGUGUUCUUUGCUAUCUGCAUAUUUUUGUGCUCCGUUACAGCUUUGAUACUGAUUUUUUGGUAUCGACAAGGAGACCUGGAGCCUAAAUUUAGGAAACUGAUCUAUUAUAUUUUAUUUUCCAUUGUCAUGUUGUGCAUAUGUGCCAACUUAUACUUUCACGAUGUAGGGAAAUGAAGCAUGAGGAUUUCCAAAGGAUACAGAAUGCAUUGGAAAGCAUGAUCUUCGGUAAUCUUGAUAAGAGAAGAUAAAAUAGUGGAACCAACAAGGUUUUUCACUGUUCCCUUUAAUGAGGGAAGAUGCAACUGCCAUGAGACUUACCUUUUUUUUUCCCCUUUUAAACCAUUGUUGCACUUACAAAACAUUCUGGUCAAGCACUUUGAGCGUCUGUUUCUUUUUAUGUCUGAUUAGUUCGGAUGCAACAAGUUAGUACAGUUUGUCAAAUAUUGUUUAUUUUGUUUAAAUAUAUCAGUUUGUUUCUACUAUGCAACAGAUGCCAGUAAGUACUGUUUCACAUUACAAAAAAGUAUAAGAUUAGGCUAUGAAAGAGAUCUGAACAAAGGUUUAAAUAAACAAAAAAUACUUGCCUUUUUGUUAAACUAUUGUUUGAAAAUGUCUAGAAAAGGCAAACAUCUACCUCAAAAGGGAAGAAAGUACCUACAACUUGACAAAGUAAUGUGUGGCUAGCACCUUUGGCUGAGUAAUGUGUUCAUAGACAAAGUAAACUGUCAAAAUGACCAUAAAAAA